CACUUGAUUCCUUCAGUAUGUGGGAGCUGCGACCCCUCCUGCUGCUGCUGUCGGGGGCCCUGGCGCUGACCCAGACCCAGGCGGGCCCCCACUCCCUGCGGUAUUUCUACACCGCCGUGUCCCGGCCCGGCCGCGGGGAGCCCCGCUUCAUCGCCGUCGGCUACGUGGACGACACGGAGUUCGUGCGCUUCGACAGCGCCUCGGCGAGUCCGAGGAUGGAACCGCAGGCGCCAUGGGUGGCGCAGGAGGGACCCAAGUACUUGGAGCGGGAGACGCGGAACUUGAAGAAAGACACACAGUGGUACCGAGUGAGCCUGAGCAACCUGCGCGGCUACUACAACCAGAGCGAGGCGGACUCUCACACCAUCCAGGAGAUGUACGGCUGCGACGUGGGGUCCGACGGGCGCCUCCUGCGCGGGUACCGUCAAUCCGCCUACGACGGCGCCGACUACAUCGCCCUGAACGAGGACCUGCGCUCCUGGACGGCGGCGGCGGGCACGCAGGCUUGGCGAACCCAGCAAAAGUGGGAGCAGAGGGGUCAGGCUGAGCGCUGGAGGAACUACCUGGAGAACAUCUGCUUACAGUCGCUCCUCAGAUACCUGGAGCACGGGAAGGACACGCUGCUGCGCGCAGAAGCCCCCAGAAGACACAUAACCCACCACCCCUUUUUUGACCAUGAGGUCACCCUGAGGUGCUGGGCCCUGGGCUUCUACCCUGCCGAGAUCACCCUGACCUGGCAGCGUGAUGGGGAGGACCUGACCCAGGACACAGAGCUGGUGGAGACCAGGCCUUCAGGGGAUGGAACCUUCCAGAAGUGGGCGGCUGUGGUGCUGCCUUCUGGAGAGGAGCAGAGAUACACGUGCCGUGUGCAGCACCAGGGGCUGCCGGAGCCUGUCACCCUGAGAUGGGAGCCCCCUUCUCAGUCCAGCAUCCCCACUGUGGGCAUCAUUGUUGGCCUGGCUCUCCUUGGGGCUGUGAUCACUGGAGCUGUGGUGGCAGUUGUGAUCAGCAGGAGGAAGCGCUCAGGUGAGAAAGGAGGACAGUACACUCAGGCUGCAAACAGCGACAGUUCCCAAGGCUCUGAUGAGUCUCUCUCGAAUCCUAAAGUGUGAGACAGCUGUCCCACUGGGUUUCCUCACAUCCCAAUGUUGUGAUUCAAGAACUGCUGAUUCUAUUUCUGCCCUGGGACCUGAGUGUGUCUGUGUCCUGCCACUUACGGUGAUGGGAGAGAGAGACUGGCCCACCCCUGCCCACCGGGCCCUCCCCACACUGACCUGCGUUCUCUUGCUGAUGCUCUGGGCUGUGCCAGCAGAGACAGGAGUCAGCCGUCUCCAUCUGUGUUAGCUUCUUGUUUUUCUGAAUAAUGUUUCUCCCUUACUGAAAUAAGCAUCUGAUUUGCAUUUUUCUAAUUCCUGUUUUGUGGGAUUGAGGGUUAAUAAAGGAAAUCUCUAAAGUUUGAGAAGGAAUAAAUGGAAAUCCUGAGACCUUC